UAUUUUUGCGACACCGACGAGGUCCUCGUUAUCAGUUUCUGAGACGCUACGUACUGGAAAACAUGAACGCGUCUUUUGCGGUGUACGCUUGUCUUAUUGUUGCUAUCAUCCCAUCGGCGAUGGUUCAACUAGUCCCUUCUAAUCAACCCUGCACAGCGGAAGGCUACUUCGAGAUUGUGGAUGGAACGUGCAAAAAUUACUAUACUUGCAUUUUCAACGGUGCGGCAUUAGUAUCGUACGACUUAACAUGUGCUACACCAACCCUUUUCGACCCCACUAUGGGCAUAUGUGUGACGGGGUACGUUUGCACUCAAUCAACACCGGUACCCACGUGUCCAACUAAUGGAAGAUAUCCAAUUCCGCUUACUGCAUGUAAGAAAUAUCGCGUCUGCUAUACUUACCAGAAUGUUGUCAUAAACCGGAUACUGUCGUGCCCAAACAGUUUAAUAUUCAACCCUGUGUCCCAAACAUGUGUGCUACCUUCGACUUAUAAGUGUCCAACAAGUUAA